GAUGACGCUAGUACGUCACCAUCUCCCGUGCAUAUGCAGUACUUAUUAGCAUUACACGUACGUCUUAUCAUUACCUGUUGCACCGCAUUAACUGUGUUUAGCACUUGGCUCGAUAGUCAAGACAGGUACGAGCAGUACACAUACGAUCAGCAUUACACUGUUGCGAUAACACUGGGCUUUGAAGUUCUGAUCCGCUGAAUGUUUUGUCAGAGAACUUUAGUCGAGGAGUUAUGAUCGCACAGCUCUGGAAUUUCUUAUGAUUACUGGUUUCGACUAAUAAAAGCGUAACGGAAGUCGAGCGGUGUUUCUCCCGUAGAUUUUCAUAGAAAAUCGUUCUUCUUCCUAGCCUGCCCCGUGGCAUGGCUAUCAUGGUAGCAGAUACUAAGAUCCGCCAAAUCUGAGCAUAAUUUCAUAUUGGAAGCAAUAUCUCAUCUUUGUCGGAAGUUGGUGUGGUGGACGCUGAUUCUCCAAAGCAAUAUCGUCGUGAACUUUUAUUGUACAGCAUUGCCCUUUAUUGGGAUUAACUGACAGCAAUAUCUCGAGCCUAGUUGCAGAGUUUUGGUUUUCGUGGACUGCGGAGCGGUGAGCCACGGUGCGCGAAACCCGUGCAGUUUGGACGUGGGGUGGUGUUGCGGUGAGACACGGUUCCCGAAACUCCGUGCAGCAAGGAUUGUGGAUAGUCGAAGCAUUAUGGCCGACCAGCAGUGUCCGAACUGUGCCCGCACAGGACGCUUGUGUGUGACGUGCAUCCUCAAGCAGGCGCCGAAUGUACAACAGCGCGUCUUUAUGCUGCACCUGGAAGCACUACUGGGCAAUUACCAGGCAUUCCAGUGUCUCCUGUUGCGCGCCCACUGGGAGCAUGUCAUCGUCAACCGUGACUACUACGAACAAAUUCGUGUCGCAGUCGAUCAUUUCCGCAGUACGAAGGAUGGCUGGAGCAAGGCACAGCAUGUACCGACAUGGGACGAGAUGAAAGCACAGGAGCAGCAGCAUCACCAGCUCAUGUCGCAAGCACGCCAGCAGUUGAACGCUGAAGAGCAGCCUCCAGUCCAGCAUGAUCAGUCUGCCGUAGCAAUGCCAGCCGCCUUAGUUCAGCAGCAGUGGAAUACCGUUGGUCGUCAGCCGUUUGGUGCACGCCACUUUCCUGACCGCUCAACGGUGCCUCAGAAUCCGCAGCAGCGCCGAGCCGAUGCACCGGCAGCACAGCCACGCCAGUACAGCACCCGCAUGCCUAAUUUGCCAGCUGCGGAUGAGCGCGCCGACCGCAUUCUGCUGACGUUGGGUUUUGAUAAGCAUGACCAGCGCAAACUGAUGAAAGGCAUGUUAACCCGUACGAUGAGCACACUGGACCGCUUUCUGGCGAAUUCCGGUUUACUGGAAGAGAUGCAAGCGGAAAAGUAUAACUACCGUGAUGAUCGCCCGAAGAAGGAAGAACGCGAUAUCCGUACGGUUAUCUUCGCAGCAAUGGCAUGCCCUCAGCAUUACAUCCUGAGAAUUUCGAACACAGCAUUCUGACUAUCGAUAUUGAAGCAUUGAGUCAACUUGUGUACCAUCCGCGUAAAAGCAUGAUCCCGUACUUGUUCAAUUUCAUUAGUCCAGAUGCGAACGGUGCAAACCUGUUGUACGCCGGUCGUGUAGCAAUAUUCACCGAUGAGAUGUUGGUCAUGAUGAAGGAAGAGCAAGAUUUUCGUAGCAUGGACCGUCGUAAACAGCAGAUUAUGGUGAAUUACGUCCGUUUGUAUUUUGGUGCAUUGCUGGGACAUCACGGAUGUCAUAAGCAGUUGGCCGACGCUCCGCAUGAAGACAGCGCUUUCUUUCACGAAGCAAUAGUUAAUCUUGGUCCGACACUGAACGUACAGGACAAGAUCGACCGCAUUCGCCAUGCAAUGGAAAUUGGUUUGGAGAAAGUUGCUGGAAAGCCAGUUGAGCAGUUGGUAGUAAAUCCGCAUGAUGCCGUGGAAAACGUUCUCACUCAGUUGCAGAAGUUGAAGGACAAGUACGAGCCGCAAGGCGGACAACAGCAGCAAGUCGCACAAAAUCAGCCGCAGCACCAGCCAGUGUUCAACUUGAACCCGCAGGGAAACGCUGCACAGUUGCAAGGUAUUAUCCCGGCAGGUGAGAAUGCCGCAAUGGACGAAGUCGAAGACUCAAGUGGCGGAUAGUGUGGCGCAGUUGAAUUUCUCCGCAGAAACUAUGGAGCAUUCGGGAAAAGAGCAGUAGUUUGAAUAGCAUGUACUGAAUUACUAAGCAAUAUUUAUUUUGUAAAUUAGCAUUAUUUUUCUGUAAUCAAUAUUUCUUUUGAAUUCCGCAAUAGACUUGAUUUGUCAGCAUUUUUCUUCGAUGGACGAUAGACUGACAGCCUCACAGGCGCAGUCUGGAUGUGGAUCGCGAAUUGACACGCAGCCUUAUAGGCGGUGUCGGAAUGAGUGGACAUUUAACGGUGGAAUGGAUUUUUGAUAAUUUUUGUGUUCCUGUUUAACCAAAGUACUAACAGAUCUCGAUGGAUAUUUCUUCAGUUUAUUGAGCUUAACUCAUGAUUUCAUUUUAUUUUCAUUAAACAGCCGAUCAGUGACUGUUCAAGGUGCCUGCAGUUUUCCGAGUUUUGCGUUCCAUAUCACUGGACAUUGCAUUUGGAGUUAGUGAUUCCUCCACCUGGGGUUUCUUACGGUUUUUGGACGUGAUAUCGAAACAGGAAAAUGCCCAGCCAAAUUGAAACCGCGAUAGAGAAAGCCACAGAUGGCCACAACACCACGGAAAAUUGGCAUGACAUCAUGGAGAUCGUGGAUAUGAUAGAAACACAAUCAAAUGGAGCGAAGGAAGUGCUGCGCUGUUUGCUAAAGCGUCUGAAACAUCGUGAUCCACACGUGGCGCUCCAUGCUCUUACCGUUCUGAAUGCCUGCGUGGUGAAUGGCAAACGGAAAUUCCAUCUGGAAGUGGCUUCGCGAACUUUUGACGAUGAAGUGCGAGCCAUUCUUCAGAAUACCUACAAUUAUCCACGUCCCCUCAUUGAGCGCCUGUGUCAAACUAUUAAAAAAUGGGCGGAAACCGAAUUUAAAUCCGAUUCCGCUUUAACUAUCAUUCCAACCCUUUAUAAUCACAUUAAGAAUACCAAUCCGGAAUACAUCACCGAGGCUGUUCUGGGAACAAAAUCGACAGUAUCACAGCCGGCUUCCUCAAAAACGGAAAAUCCAGCGGCGUCUGCCAAACAAAAGGAGGAAGAGGAUUUUGCUAAAGCUAUUGCUCUUUCCUUGCAAGAAGAAGAGAAAAAGAAGCGGACUACAGCGGCAUUUUCGGCAUUGUACCCCAGCAUGAGCGACAGUGGACCGUCGAAAAAUGAGCCUGUCUAUGCUACGGUCAAAUCCAAGGAACCUCGCAAAGUCAGGGCGAUGUAUGAUUUUGAAGCGGUGGAAGAUAAUGAAUUGACCUUUAAGGCUGGCGAAAUUCUUCUUGUGCUCGACGAUAGUGAUCCUAACUGGUGGAAAGGGUCAAACACUCGUGGAGAGGGAUUAUUUCCAACUAAUUUUGUAACGAGCGACUUGAAUUGGGAGCCUCAGAAUGAGUUUCCUGGUGGGCAGAAAAAGCAGUCGAACGACACUGGCAGCGCUGCAUCGGUGCCAGUUGAACAGAAGCCGGUGGAAAUUGAUGAAGCUUUAAUUGAUAAGACGUUGAAUAUGAUCCAUGACGCAGAUCCAACGGGAGAACGACCAGAUCCAGCUGAUUUACUCACCCUUGAAGAUCAGUGCAAUCGUAUGUUUCCCCUAACUGACACUGAGCUGCAGAAAACAGAUCGUUUGCAGACAAGUUUGGAUGAGUUGUCCGCUCAGUUGACGGAUGCACUGGCCAUGUAUGAUUCUGUGAUGAAAGAGCAGGCGGCUCAGUUAAACACAGGAACGUAUGCACCGCAGCCUGUGGACCCUGGAAUGGCUCAGGCUUAUAGAUACUACGGACAGCAGCCGGGUGUUGCUGCUCCGGGCGCAGUUAUGGCAGGAUCUCAUCAGUAUCCACAGCCAAAUUACCACCCAGGCCCUGUAGACCCAUCGGCCGCAUAUGCAGGUCAACAUCCCGGUUUCCAGCCGUAUAAUCCCAGCCCAGCAAAGCUCGCAUCGGCCGCAGGUUCCAUUCCAGCGACGCAGCCAAAUUACGCAUCGCAUGUGGUUGAUCCGAACGUGUAUGCCCCUUCCGCUCAUAAUUAUCCCACUAAUAUGUAGUACCAGAUGGAAUCGAAGAUUUUAUAGAUUUCAUUUAUCUAGAUAUUUUUUUUCUCUGGGAUAUUGUGGAUAUUGUCCUUCGUUUUAAGCAUGGCAUGUGUUUGUUUGUUGUCCGUUAUUGGUCGUUCGGUUUGUAAUUAUUGCACAGAUUUUUUCGGUGUAAAUGGCGCAUACUGUGG